GCUAUUCAACAGGGGGUCAGUGGUACCAUGCAGUGGUACCAUUCAUUGCCUCCUCCCAACAGUGUUCUCCAGUAAUGGCAAGCCUUCUUUCUGUCUUUAUACAGUGAAGCUAUGUUCUUUAGAAAUGAACAUGAAAAACUCAGAUUUACAAGCACUUUCACUGACAUUUUGGAAGAAGCUGGAGAACCGUUGCCAAAGAAAGUUAAAAUAGAUAGAAGUAAUUUGAACUUUGAGGAGGAACAACAGCAGUUCUUACAAAGACUGUAUUAUACAAAUAAGAAAUCAUCUAACAAAACUCUGUGUUUUUCUCAAGUAUUAUGUAAUGUUAAUCAGAAAGGUUUGGAAUUACAAGAUGGAAACACUACAAACUUAAUAACCAGCACAAGACCUUAUGAACAUUUUAAACUAUGUGUGGAUGUUAAUUUGCAAUCCAGGAUGUUCAGAAAUAUACAGUUUUAUGAAAAAUGCAUUAUUGAAAACAGAGAUUGUUGCGUCAUAGGAGAUGUUUGUUCUGAACUGAGUGUGCAAAAUAUAUUGGUCACAAAUCCAGAAUCUUGGGCCUUGCAUGCUAAAGAAAAACCAAUAGAGAUUGGUAGGAGUUGGAGUGAGUUGGCAACAGUAAAUCUGGUACCUAAUGACAUUUGGGCAGAAAACCUUAUCACCAGAAUUGAACCUUUGCUUAAAGAUGCACCAGUAUAUCAAAGCAAUGAAAAUGGCACUGAUUGCCUUAAUGUACAUGCAGUUCCAAUAUCAAAAGCACUAUACCAGGUUAUAAAACCAGUUACAGUGUAUGAAAGCAGUGGUGGCAAAAUUCUACCCUUUUGUUUCCAAGCUAGAAGCUUUAUGAAAGGAAAUAAGUCAGAUCUUGUCUCUUUGUUCUAUACAAAUAAAAGUGUGAAUGAGAAUGGUAAUAUUUUAUUAUUCCCAAAACAGACAAGGUGUCCUGCAAAUAAUAAUUUUAGAGGAAAUAAAGAGUUUCAGAAUUUGUAUAAACUAUAUUCAAGAAAAUGCGAAAGACUUAUAAACCCUAAAUUAGUGAAAUUUCUUGCUUUUGAGUUACUUUUGCAAGAUAAAAGAGGAUAUAAUUGCAGCACUGCAAAUGAAAAGAAUGACAUCUCAAUAUUCAGCCAAAGAACUACAUUUAAUAUUCAGUUAAAAGCAGCAUCUAAAGAAAGCAGCUGCAAAAAAUAUCACAUAUUUUCCAAAGUUACUGUUGAAGGUAAUAAUACCUUUUCAAUAGAUGAUAAUGAAAAAGAAAAAAAGGCAAGGCAACAUGCACUUUAUGACAAACAGAUUUUACAAGCCAAUAAUAUCCAUAGUUUUUUUGUAUGGGACACUAUUAAAAAAGAGGAAGAUCUGACAGCCCAUUCAAGGCAUUUGACUCAAAAUACAACCAUUGGUGUCAAAACACGGCAUAGUAAGGUUACCCUGUUUGGACACAGAAGGAAAAAUAGCUGUAUAUUUGACAAAAUGAAGAGUGUUUUACAAGAUGAGCCUGUAUGUAGGUCUCAAGGCUCUAAUAGCUUGAAGAAUCUUAAAGUGGAAAAUAUGAAAAUUUUGCUUAAAAAAGGUUUUUUCCCUAGCAGCACAUGUCGUUCAGAGCCGGUAGUGUCUGUGAAACAAAAUGUUGACUAUUUCAGAGAAAUAGGAAAUGCAACUGUUGAGAAGAUUUAUACAAGUAAAAGAAAUCAACAUCAGAAUUUAAUUCUGCCAUAUUUAAAAAAUGAAUCUGCAAAAAUUAUUGGCUCUGAAGAAAGAUUAAUGGAGCUUUCAUGUACAAUGACACAAGAACAUUUUGAAGAUGUGACAGAGAAGCAUUUACCUUCAAAAUUUAAAAACAACUAUGAAUUUGAAAUGAACCGAUUUGAUUUGGUAUUGAAAGAACUUAAUGGGUUUAAUGACAUUAGUAAUGGAAAUAAGAACAGCUUGCUGCAUGAACAAAGGAAUAUAAUUCAGGAAGAUUCUCAUGAAUUAAGUUGUCUUGACAGUGUACUACAGGAAGACUCCAAAAAUAUUGAUGAGAAUAAAGAAAAUGUGACCUUUUCAACUUGUGGUAGUAGUUUAAGCUAUACUAUGGUGAAUCAAAAUAAGAAUGGACAGAUUAUAUUUAAAGACACAAGACUGAAAUCUCCUGGGGAGCAGGAAGUACCACAUGAGGACUGUUCAAGAAUUUUAGAUGAAGAAUUGUUUUAUCCAACCCCUGAAGCAUUUGUGUCUCGUACAUCUAUGGAAGAAAGAAGUUAUAGUUUACAAGGAGAACGAGGAAAGUGUUUCAGUGAUGGAAUUAUCAGAGUACAACCUCUUAAAACAUGUCAUGGCCCUCUGAGAGUUGGAUUAUCCAGAAAAGCUAAGCCCAAGCAGCUUCAUCCAUAUCUGAAAUAGUUUAAUAUACUAAGUAUUAAAGUGGCUUUUAAAAGUUGAUAGUACUUUAUCUAUAAAGUUGUCAAUAUUUAUAUUUACUGGCUUUUAAAAUUUGAUACUAAAAGCACUGAAAUAUAUAUUAAAGUAUCCCUUAUAAAUAUUUGUUGUUUAAUAUUUUUGCAAUUACUAGUACCUAAAUAAGUAUUAUAUUAAAAUUCUAUCUUUUAAAUUUAAUAAAAUUCAAAUAUAUGCAGUUUAUGCAAAAUCUUCAAGGUUAUUUACGUUUUAAUGUAUAUUACCCAAAUGCUAUAGUAUUAUAUUCAUGUUACGGAGUAGCUUGUUAGACAAUCUGCUGCACACCGUAAUGUUAUUAAUAAAAAAGGUUUUCCUGUUAGU